CUAUACAUAAAAACUACCAAAGGGGUUUCCGCCGCCGCAUUUUUACUUGCCCUCCGCUGCGCUGCGCGUCCAUUCAUCGUCGUCUUGUUUGAUCCAGGGUUUCAUACUCUCUCUCUCUUUUCCAACAGCGCGCGCUAGCUAGGUAUGAUCGAUUGAUUCUUUGGGGCGCCAGGCGAGCAAGAAGCUCGUCGUCUUGAUGCGCGAUCGGCGAGAGGAAGCGCCGCAGCAGCCAUGGCGAAUAGGAAUUCUUCAAUCCAGGGCCCCCGCGUCUACGUUUUCACCAUCACAAUCUUGCGAGUGACGCGCAUCCCGUCGCCUAUGCGCCUCUCCUUCAGCACCAGCUCUAGCUUCCGGAUUCCGGCCAAGAGAAGCUUAAAGAUCACAGUCCUGCAUGGGUCCAAGCAGAAGGAGCUGGGCGAAUUCGACAUCGUGCAAGACGAGUGCCUCAUCGACCAGAGGAUUAGCUGCCGCCUCUUCUGCGCCAAGGAAGACGAUCUCGGCAAGCUCCACAUUUACAUAGAUCAGGCUUACAGUUCUGGUUUGGCGGGUCAUAUUGCUCUCGACUUAAAAGAGUUUCUCGACGACAUGGAUUCGGAGGUGUACAUCAAAUAUCCUCUCUGUGCGUCCAGUCCGCGUGAAGGCUAUGUACCCAAACUGAAGAUGACGCUGGAAUGUACUUGCCUUGGUAAUCCAGAGAACCUGUUCAUUCCGGAUCUCGACACUAUAAUACAUCACAAGCAAAGUCUUCCGAGCGACAUCUUGGACGCAAGCUUCACCGAGGGAGGCGGCUGCAGCAAUCAGCAGCUCCGUAGAAGUCAGCAGGAUGGAGCCGAGCUUUCUCCAGAGAUGAACUUACUGGAAGAACUAGAGACGGUGCUCUUCAAGCUGGAUUCCAAGCUGAAGAACUUCGUGGCUACUUGCAAGACGGAAGACGAGAAAGAUAUACCAGUGGACAGUAGCACGCUCUUGAGAAGGCCGCCGGCGUCGGCCGUGGACAAGGGGGAGGAUUGCUCCGACUGCAUUGUGUGCUCCAAGGGCCUGGUAGACAAGUUUCAAGGAUUAUCUUCCAGCCUCUCCAGCUCCUGCGACGCAGCAGAGGUACGCUGCUCCAAAGACUUUGGAAGCAAUGUUGCGGAGGAGGAGGAGCAGAAGGUGGAGACGAGGCAGAGGCCAAACAUGUUGCGAAACGUGUUUGGAGGAGCGCUGCUGGUGGGACUGUCCAUCUUUGCUGCUACAAGCCUCACGAAGCGGGAGAGGCCACUGUGGCGGCCAAGUUUCUCGACGAAACGAGGGAGAGCGUCCACUAAUCCAAGUUCCGAGCAGUGAGAAAGGAGCUAACGCGAUGCCGGUUUGGAUCUCAAGCCAUUUUGAGUGAGUCUAGACUACUAAAGUUCUUGUAAAGGUUUUCUUCUUUGUAACAUAGAACGUAAUAGGGUUUUUGGC